CACCACGUCUGGGACCGAAAUUGGAUACUAAAACCGAGGCGGCAACUCACGCUGUAAGUAGGCAGCCUGCUGUACAGCCCGACGGAGAGGAUGUUGCAGUGAUAGACAGCAGAGCAGCUUCUCCACUGUAUCAGCCGGCAUCGUCAGCUGUUGCUCUAGCGGAGAGUGGAAGAGUCGGGAGCAACAGAGAAAAAAGGCCAAACUAUGCGACUGACUUUCUGCCGGUAACCGUUUCCAUUAUCAGUCAACCGGGGAGCGGAUGCGAGCAGAGGUUGCCAGCGAGCCUCUGACUAUUUUCUGCCCUUUGUCGGAGCCGGAGGAGCCUUGCCAAUGGAGAAAGCGACUCCGCCGCCCCAGCCCCAGCUCCAGCUGUCGAUAGCGAAGACUGAAAGUCCAGCGGAGGACAUCUCCGGUCUGACCGACGAGGAGCUGCUCAAGUGGACCAAGGAGGAUCUGGUGCGGCGGCUGAGGCGCUCCGAGGCCGAUAAGAUGAGCGUGAUUCUGGACCACGGGAAUCUCAUCCGAGAGGUCAAUCGCAGCCUCCAGUUGCACUUGAACGAGAUCAGGGGGCUGAAGGAUAUUAACCAGAAGCUGCAGGAGGACAACCGUGAGCUGCGGGACUUGUGCUGCUUCCUGGACGACGACCGCCAAAAGGGCAAGCGUGUAUCCAGGGAGUGGCAGCGCUUGGGACGCUACAGUGCCAGCAUCAUGCGCAAAGAGGUGACCCUCUACCUCCAGAAACUCAAGGAGCUGGAGCUUCGACAGGAGGAGGUGAUCCGGGAGAACCUGGAGCUGAAGGAGCUCUGUCUUCUGUUGGACGAGGAGAAAGGGGUGGUAGUUGGAGGAAGUGGUGGCGGAGGAAGUGUAGGGGUAGGGAGUGUAGGGGUGGGAGGGUGCCGCAACUCCAUAGACAGCCAGAGCAGUCUGCUGCUGGUGCCCGGGCAGGGGCUACUCAUGAGAGACGUUGGUGACGGGAGCAGCACCUCCAGCGCAGGGAGUGCUGACAGCUCCGAUCACCCUCACCACAAGCAGCCUCACCUGGCUCCGGGGGUGGGUGGGGUUGGUAGUGGCGGGGAAAAAGGGAGCCCUGAGCUUGUGCACAAACCCAGGUGUAGCAGCAUCAGUGGAAUAGGAGGAGAAAGGGAGGUGUCCAGUCCUGAGCACCCUGCUGGGCGCCACCGGAGUACAAGCCUGGAGUACCCAUACACGCUGCCGCAGCUGUGCCGGCCCCGCUGCGGCUCCAUAUCCGUGCCUGACCACAGUAGAGUCAUGCGGGGCCUCAGCCCGGAAAAAUACGGGAGGAACGUGGGUCGACGCAGUCCAGAGCAGCACCCCAAGCACCACAGCUCAGAUCUCCUCCUGGGCCAGAGGCAGCACUUCCUGGGUCAGGGGGGCAGCGGGGAGCUCUAUCAGAGGCACAACAGGAGCAGCAUCAGCAGUAUAAGCUGUGGGAGCCCAGAGCCCCGGCAGUCACAUUUAGGGGCCACGGAGCACCAUGAAAAAGGCUGCGUGGUUCAGGGGGGCAGCCCCGAAACUCAUAGGCACCAGUACAGUCUGAGCCCUGACCAUGGGAAGUUUGGCAGCCCGGUGAGAGACGGGCAGAGGAGGCCGGCUGGAGACGAGCUGUCGCCACAUCAUCGAAGCAUCUAUAACGGCAUGAAUGCUUUGAUAUCAGCUGGCUGCUGCACCAACAACUGUAGAAAUGUCAAGCUAUGGGACAGCUUUGAUGCCUCCUCUUGACCCCAACUUGACCAGCUAGGCUUGUCAAACAGAGGGGGGAUCGCAGUGGUACAGCCCUCUUGCGCCUCUGGCCUUGACAGACGCAAGGGCCCCUGGACGCCACCGUCCACAACUCCGGAUGGUCUGUCGUCCACGGCAUCAUCCAUGUCCACAGCUCUGAAACAGCCUGCCUCCAUGUUUUUAUUUCUACAUAUCGAGAGUUUGAGGAAAAAGGGGGGAAUGCUUUUAGUACGGAUGGUAAAACUCGUGAAGACUGCCGUGGCUAAAUGGAUUAAAGUGGAUAUCUCUCCCUUCCAACUGUGACACGGCUACCUCCCGGAGAGCGUCUGCAGAAAGGGAGGGACGCUGGGGAUCGGUGAGAGAAGAUGUGGAGGACUCUGCACUGUUUUGUGCCGCUACCCUCUGUUUACAAAUGUACAUCACUGGUGGAGAAGCACAUAAAUUAAACUAUGUAUCCCCUGCUGUUCAAAACCUGAAUCAUUAUCCCACUUUUUCCUCCCUGUUUAUUCACUUUCUCCUUCCUCUCCGCAAUCUUUCCAUCACCUUCAAAGUGUGUAAUGAGACUGGUGUAAUCUAACGUUCUGUCUCUCAGUCUCCAAAUCCAGCCGAUCACUUGAUUCAUCGUCUUCAACUGAAUUUAAAAAGCAUAUUUGUCAAAGAUGUUCUAGCAAAGAUUAAAAAAAAAAACAACCUCUUCCUGUGUCUUAAACCAAGAUGGUCAUCAUUACUAGCUGCUGACAGAUGUUCUAGUUCUAUAAGAUGCAAUGUUCAGGUGUAAUUUUUGUUCUUUUUUGUAUUAUCUUCUUUGCUCCCAUAA